AUGUCGGACUUUCCUCGCCCCUCGCCCACGAUCCUUAUCGACAACCUCCCCGCCAAAACACUCGUAGGAGUCGAUCUCCUCGCCUUCGCAUCAGCGCCGAACUUCCAUGGAAUAAAAGAGCUCCCGAUUGGAGUGCACAUUCUCUACACGGGCACAACAGACAGUUUCUCGCUGCGGAGUGGAGAAUGGCUUGUGGUUGCUGGCCCGAAGGAAGGCCAACGCAAUGGCGCAGGUGUUGACGUUCGAUUAAGGCAUUGGGAUGAGUCGGUUGAAUCUCUAGCUUUGGUAGACGAAAGCAAAGAUGAAGGACGACAGAGAGCAAUGCAGCAAAGGGCUAAUCUGAGCCGAAUAUGGGCCGCUGGAGGGUUACUCGCAUAUCAAUCUCGAACCAAGAAACAGGAGAAGGAUGGCAGUGAAGAGGCGUCUGAUACUACAACUCUAUACAACGAGUGGGAUAGUCUUUCAACCUACAUAACUCCGUCUGUUUUGGAGCGGAUAUUAGGUCGUGCUGAGCGUGAUUCCGAAGGCAGACCAAGGUGGAUGAUUACAUCUGGAAGCUCGGCGGCAAGAGACGAUGAUGAGAUACCCGGUCUCGCAAAUAAGGACGAUACCAAGAUGCGCGGGAAAUUAGUAGAAGAAGAGAAGGAGCUACGAUUCUUACCUGUGGAUUUGAAGAAUACCUGGCGAGCUGGCGCAGUGGGACGUGAACGGACAGAGGCAGCUCGGGAUCGUUCAUGGGCAUUGGGCUAUAUCUGCGAAUGGGCUUCGAACAACACCAGGGCCGCGGGAAGGAUCGUUGAUGAUGAAAGCCUAAGUGAGGGUGAAUCACAAAUUCUGGGUGAACUGCAACUUACGUUCCUCACUGCACUUACGUUGAUCAAUUUCUCCUGUCAAGAGCAAUGGAAGAGGCUACUACAUUUGAUAUUUACAUGUCAGACAGCUGUUGGAGAAAGACAGAACUUCUUUGUAGCAGUUCUCCGGAUAUUGCGGCUUCAGCUGGCUCACAACGAUGAUGUCGAGGGAGGAUUAUUGGAGAUGGACGGAGACGAUGGUGGCACCAUGGUGAAAAAUAUCCUCAAAAAGUUCCGAAGAAUAAUAUAUGACGACUUGACCGUUGAUGUGUCGGCGGUCAAGGCGGAGUUUAUGAAUUUAGAGAAAUGGGUAAAGGACGAAUACAGUUGGGAGCUAGCAAGGGAGUCGACAGUGCGAAGGGGUAUGCUGGAGCUGGAGGAUGGAGAACAGAUUGAAAUGGAGGUUAAUGGUGCUGAGGAAGAGGACGAAACGGGGGAUUACGCCCCAGUGAUUGUUGACUUGGAGGAAGCUGGAGGGGAGGCCGAGGAUAUUGAUAUGAUGGACCACCACAAGUAG